UGCAGCACGGUCAACUGUCAUAACAAUCCCGAAACGAUCAAAACAUCCUACCAGCGGCGUGAAGAACUGUCCUGCGCGAAAGAAGCUAGAAGAAAGAAACAACACAAUCCUCCCUCCCUAGUGCCACGUUGGUCACACGCACGAUGAACACCGUUUUCCGGCCUUUCGUUGGUCGGUGGAGCCGGCUUAUCAGCUGCACCACCCAUCGGUUGCCUCCGGCCGUGCCGGGCCGCACCAGGAUGCCACAGGAAGCGCUUGCCACCGGGCUGCUACAGGCUAGCCCCACCCUACGCAGCCGUCAGUACAGUUCGAUGAAUCCGAACGAUUUCAUAGCCACCUCGCUGAUCGAUUCCGUCACGUUUGUGGCCGUCUGCUCGGACACGCUCGAAUCGCUGGUUGACUACUUCGAGCAGAUCAUCGACGAAACGAGCACGCUGAAGAAUCCGGACGUAACGUACGGGGACGGUGUGCUAACGGUUAGCUUCGGGGAGCCGCACGGCACGUACGUUAUCAAUCGCCAGCUACCGAACCGCCAGAUCUGGCUCAGCUCGCCCACCAGCGGCCCGAAGCGGUACGACUUCAUCCCGGACAAGCGCACCGUGAACGAGGGCUACUGGCUGUACCGGCACGACGGCGUGACGCUGCACGAGCUGCUCCAGCAGGAGAUCAGUGCGAUCGUUGGCCGGGAGCUGGAAUUCUUCGCCCUGCCGCACAGCCAGCGACCGCAGGAACCGGCCCCGGAUGGACAGCAGGGAUGAACUGGAUUAUCGACCGGGGGAGGGAGUCGGGAGACGCAUGGAACACGCUGUGACACGCUGUGUUUAUAGAUUUAGUUUUUAGGACGGAAAAGGACCCUCGGACGGGGAACACACGCCGCUAGCAACCGUCGAUGGUUCCCUUUGCCUGUUUGGUGGUUGCGCGAUUAGCUGGGUUGAUUAAUUUUUGGAGGGGGGUCGCUACUUGGGACGGAUAGCUAGAACGCUUAAUAAAACAAAAAUCGUGCAUCAACAGCGCAUAGAACGUGGA